AUGAGUAAAGUUGGCAGAAUUUUUGCCCAAACUUGCAGAAAAGUUCAGACUUUGUCACGUGAUGAUCCCACUAAUAGCUUGAAGAAAAGGGUUGCUGCAAUGGAGAAGAAUAGGAAGACAAGAGACCCCAGAAAGAUUCAGUUUUAUGUUGAAGUCCCGGAAUCAAGAUCCUUUCUUGAUACUGCCACCAUUCCUGUGAUACUCACUGUGGUUGGCACGGCCCUUUUUGCCAAAAUCCUCAUGAUGGUCUCGAGAAAUGAUACAGAGCAAGAUAAAGAAUGCACCACCUGGUCAAGGGACAGUUAG